CAACGCUAUAUUGCGACUAUUGGAAAUAGACGACGAGCCAUCAGCCCUAAUAUCAGCCGUUUAGUAGGGUGGAAAUCUGAGAGUGUUCCACGAGACUAUCUAGACCCAAGCUUGGGUGUAACUAGACAUUCCUUAGCACACGUUUCGUUGAGCCAUGGCAAGAGUCUUCAAAGGUGUUCUCGUUGUGGGAUGCAGCCCAAUCCAUGCGCAUCACGCCGCCACUGUGAGCUACGCAAUGGGCUGAAAGUCGUGGGAAUGGAUCAAUUUGCUUCGGUAACGUCCGCUCCCUGCAGUAACACGAUAACGGCUGCGAGAAGGCUGAAGAGGAUUAUUUUGUAUAAGUUCUCAACUAUUCCGCCCUGGAUUUGGAUGGCAUUGCAACCAGACAGCAGAUUCCGAGACCUUCAACCCGUCACUAAAUAGCUCAGCUUAGGGAACCUUUCUGAUCCUGUGCUACCGAUACCGUCAAGAUGAAGUGCGAAAGAGCCUUGCAAUGCAUCGUCGGUGGUUGGGGCUACCUCAAUGCUACAUUGACUAACACCAACACCGGCGAGCUCAUCCCAGAAUGGCACAGCAUCUACCCCUCCGGCGGUUCAGUCUACGCGCCCUCGGGCCAUAUCUCCUUCGUCAUCACCGCCAAUGACACCACCCAGGCAGACGUGCGCCCCAAAACUGUUACUCUCCCCGCGAAGCCCACCGACUCGGACCAUGACUGGGCCCUCGUCGCGCAGCACAGCCUCGGCGUCUUUGGCAACUACCGCUUCUCCAAGGUGACUUGUGACGGCGGGAACGACAAGUACGGCGACAAGGGCAACAAGGGCAAGGGAGGGAAUCUCAAGAAGGGCCCCUCGGGCGUGCUGACGGUCGAUGUGACCUCAGCUACUCUUCCCAGCUACGUUGGCCUUGAGCUCGUCAACACAUUUGAGUUCACAAACGACUGCAGCAAGCACGUUCUCAAGACGGACUUUGGCGGCGGCCUGGUCCAGACUGUCUGGUUCUAUCGCUUGCCCCAGGAGAAUGUUUUUCCUUAGGCGAAGAUGCUCAAUGAUGACCGUGGCCGUUCGCAGGGAGUGCAUAAACCUCGAGUCGACUUCGGAUAUCAUGCAUCGUUGGUCGGUGCCCGUAUAAUAUACAGUACAAAUAGGAUAUAACACCGGUUUCGACUUUGG